GUUUUAUUUUGGAUAUAGAUUCUGUUCAAUUUAAUGGUGCCACAUUGACUAUUUUGGUAUGCACAGCACCCCAAGGACGAGUGUCAUGCUCCCAAACCGGCCCCUUCUUUUUCGGGAUUCAAUUUUUUAAAAUUUUAUAUAUUUAAUUUUAAUAAAAUUGUUUAUAAAUAUUCUUCUAGUUUUCUCAGCCACAUGGACAAAUAAAGAAUAGAGAAAGGGUGAGCCAAUUGUGAGGUAGAAAACGAAGAAAUUGUGGGAAAAGCUUUCAUUCAAAGUCUGAAGCAAGCAAAUCCGUGUAUAUAUAAAUAUAAAGCUUAAGAAGAAACCCUCUUGGGCCUUUCUGGAGUCCCCAUUUUUCCUUGUAUACGGUUUCAACUAUGAUGAAAAUUAAUGUUAUAUUUAUGUAAAAGGGUGCGUCUCUGUAUGUUUCAGGGGUUGAAACGAUUUUGGAUUUUAACCCUUUAAACUGCUGCAAGGAGCCUUCUUUUGCGGUUUUCUCUUUUUGAGGCUAAAGAAGGCUCUUGCGCGUUCGGGAAGAGGCCGUUGAUUUUGUAAAAAGAAGGGAGAAAAUGAUCAGAUUAUGGAUUUCGUAUCUGCAAUUGGUGGAGCUGUUUGUGAGCUCGUUGGUUCAUUUGCUUUAUGGGUUUUACAUAUUUAGCUCUGCUGUUGCUGGAGAUCUCUCACAGGUGCUCAAUGAAUAUUUUCACAAGCCUAAUGUGAAUCCUGAGGUCAAAGGGGGUGGAAGAGAAGCCAAUGCUAAUGAUCUGCCUCCUAUUGUGUUGGUUCAUGGAAUUUUUGGAUUUGGCAAAGGGAGAUUGGGAGGUUUAUCGUACUUUGCUGGGGCAGAGAAGAAAGAUGAAAGGGUUCUUGUACCUGAUUUGGGGUCUUUAACUAGUGUCUAUGAUAGGGCUCGAGAAUUGUUCUAUUAUUUGAAAGGUGGACAAGUUGAUUACGGUGAAGAGCACAGCAAUGCUUGUGGACACUCGCAGUUUGGACGAAUCUACGAACUAGGGAACUACCCUGAGUGGGACGAGGAUCAUCCUAUUCAUUUUGUUGGGCACUCAGCUGGAGCACAAGUUGUUCGUGUCUUGCAACAAAUGCUUGCUGAUAAGGCAUUCAAGGGGUAUGAUACUUCAGAGAACUGGGUAUUAAGUAUCACUUCCUUAUCAGGAGCAUUUAAUGGGACUACAAGAACCUACUCAGAUGGCAUGCAGCCAGAAGACGGGAGAACAAUGAAACCUAUUUGCCUGCUACAGCUUUGCCGCAUUGGCGUGAUAAUAUAUGAUUGGUUUGACAUUUCCUGGCUGAAGAACUACUACAAUUUUGGGUUUGAUCACUUUAACAUGUCAUGGAGAAAGAUGGGUGUAUGGGAUCUUGUUGAUUGCCUAUUGGGGAAUGCAGGUCCAUUUGCUUCAGGAGAUUGGAUCCUCCCCGAUCUUACAAUUCAAGGGUCUAUAAGAAUCAACUACCAUCUGCAUACUUUUCCAAACACAUACUACUUCAGCUACGCCACCAAGCGUACAACAAAGAUCAUGGGUUUUACAGUUCCUUCAAGUAUAGUUGGAAUUCACCCCUUGCUUUUCGUAAGAGUUUUGCAGAUGUGCCAGUGGCGCCAUCCUUCAGAUGUUCCUCCUCCUUAUAAAGGAUACAGGGAUGAGGACUGGCAAGACAAUGAUGGGGCACUAAAUACAAUAUCCAUGACUCAUCCUCGCCUCCCAAUUGAACACCCUAAUUGCUUGGUUGAAAAGGAUUCGGACUGCCAACCCGUACAAACUGGCAUCUGGUACUACAAGUACGUGGAGGGUGAUCACAUACUAUUCAUUAUUAAUCGGGAGAGAGCCGGAGUGCAGUUUGACUUAAUCUAUGACAGCAUUUUCCAACGCUGUAGGAAGCACGCAUUUAGAAAGAACCCUCCAACAUUACCUAAUGAAGUGCAUCACUAGCUCUACAUUUUUUACUCUCCCUUAUUCAAUUAAAAGAGAUAUAUGAAAAAACAAAAUUAAAAAAUAGGCCAUUCAUUCCGUUAGAUGCCCCUUCUUCACCUUUCUAAAUGUAAAUUUUACCCCACGAUUUCCCUUAUUUUUAUACCAUUUCUGCAAUUUGUAGGACUCGGAUAUUUUAAGCCUUAGUCAAUAGGUUGUCACAAACUUUAUAGUGUACACAAUCUUCUUAAUAUUAAUAUCAUGAAUUGUUCAAGCUU